AUGCUCGUCAUUGAGCAAAGAGAGGGCGCACCGUCUGGUGCUCCCAGCCAGAUCGACUCUCACAAUCAGAGAGCCGUAGGUGAAGCCACAGCCAGGUCGGACGAGGUAUCCCUCAUCGUCGUCGAUCCCGUCGUCGCCAUUGGCACCAGGAUCUGA